AUCCUAAUUCCUAAUCCUCGAAUACUCCUAACCUAACCCUCUUCAUUCUAGCUGUAUUGUUGCAUUAAUUUAUUUAUUACUCAAUCAACUAACUUAGUUAUGCUUAUAAAAUUAGUGACUUGCUGUACUUUUGAAUAUGAGUUUUAAAACCGUUGGUGUUGUCAUCAAUGGAAUAAAAACUGAUAUUGCUGUUUCGGACUUUGGAGAUAACUACUUCAUUGUUCUCAGUCAGUUUGAAAAGCUUGGUGCUAUAGUCACAAUAAAGAAGGAUUCCAUCCAGGGAUUAGAAGAGGAUCGCUCUGUUUAUACUAUAAAAACAGUUCUUGGUGAUGAGGAAGGCCCGGCCCACAUCGUAGCGAGAUACUUGACAGAACAGUUGGGUCUGAGAAAACCUGCUGUGUUCAGUGUGUGUCUACGAGACAGUAGUCUGCGUACUUUGCGUGAUCUGGCUUGCGUUCUGCGUGAUCUGCGCGACUGGUCAUGAUGAAGGAACAAGUGGUUCCCUAUGGUUUGACUGUGUCUACAUCCAAGUUCGGUCAGCUCGUCAUUGGUCCACCUGGCAGCGGCAAGUCUACAUAUUGUGAUCACAUGGCCAAACUGCUCGUAGAAAUCGGAAGGAAAGUCGCUAUUGUCAACUUAGACCCUGCCAAUGACUUGCCUAGCUACUCAGCGACUGUGGACGUCCAAGAACUGAUCACAGUGGAGGAUACAAUGGCCCAUGUCCACCUAGGGCCUAAUGGAGGACUCGUCUACUGUAUGGAGUAUUUGGAGAAGAAUUUGGACUGGCUCACCAACAAACUCAGUCAGCUGAGUGGCCACUACUUCAUAUUUGAUUGUCCAGGACAGGUAGAGCUGUAUACCCACCACAACUCAAUGAAGAACAUCAUGAUGAAGUUGAAAGAGAUGAAUUUCAGACUUUGCACAGUUCAUCUAGUAGAUUCCCAUUAUUGUAGUGACCCAGGCAAAUUCAUCUCUACUCUGUUACUCUCUAUGACAGCCAUGCUGCAGAUGGAACUGCCCCAUGUCAACGUGUUAUCUAAGAUAGACCAGGUAAACAAACAUGGAGAUAAGCUCAGGUUUGGACUGGACUUCUACACUGAAGUUUUAGACCUUGAGUAUCUUCUAGACUCACUUCAGCAAGACCCUUUCACUGCUAAAUAUAAGAAGCUAAACGCAGCCAUGGUUUCUCUGGUGGAGGAUUAUAGUCUUGUAUCAUUCCUACCUCUGAGUGUGCAUGACAAACAGUUGUUGCUGCGUUUACGCGGUGCAGUAGAUCGCGCCGGCGGUUACAUCUACGGAGCUGGCGAAGAACGAAGUGUACAGGCGUUGCUGGCUUGUGCAGUAGGUGCUGAACCUGAAUCUGACCGAACAGGGACUGUAAGAGAUCAAUACUCCAUCAAUGAUCCUGAAAAUGAUCUUAUGAUGGUAGAUGACCCAGAUCCUACAUAAAAUAAACUAUUUAAUUUUUUUACUUAA